AUGUACUACCACUUUCACAAAAAGCUGACGGAAAACUGCCUCCUGAUCUGCGGGGAUGUAGGUGGGUACGUGCGCGUGCUGCAGUUUUCGCCAGCACUGCGUGGGCCCUUCCGCAACCAGCCCGACAAGGCGCUACAGCUGCUGCGGCACGUCGAUCUGCAGAGGCGGCCCCAGCUGCUGCCGGAGCUGCAGCUGGUGGAGUUCCCGCGCGCGCACAACGAAUGGGUGCGCCAGGUGUCGUAUUAUGCGUCGCUCCACUGCGUCGUGUCUUGCGCCACGUGUCCCGAAGCACUGCUCAUGUGCGACCUCGCCGCCUCCCGGACACACACCACCUUCCACGUUGACAAGGGCGUCCAGUGCUUCGCUUUUGAUGAGGAGGCGCACGUGGUGGUGACGGGUGGUCCAGACUGCACGGUGCGCGUGUGGAAUGCGUUCGUGGCGAGCUCUCCCAGUGCAGUGCUGCAGGGCCACCGUGCCGGUGUGGUGGCCCUGGUGCUGCAGGACAACGCCCGCGUCGCCUACUCUUUGGCACGGGACCGCAUUAUCAAAGUCUGGGAUCUGCAGUCGCAAGUCUGCUUACAGACAUAUAUAGAUAUCCCGUCACAAAUUGGCGAGCGGACCCCUAUCUCUGCUGUGUACAACCCUGCCACGCGCGAGUUCAUCAUGGCUGCCAUCAAGAUAGCCGUGCUGAUUCUCGAUGAGAAACUCAACCCCCUGCACACUGAUGGCUUCACGCACUCGCGCGCCGUCGCCAAAGUCCUAUACAACCCACUCUUCAAAGUGGUCAUCACCUGUGGCAUGGCCAGCAUUAUCAUCAACUGGGAUCCACUAACAGGUAAGCGCAACGUGGUGGUGAGGCGCGCGCACACGCGGCUAGUGCAGGGCGAACUGGUGCCCGUGGAGCUGACGGCCGCCUGUUUCGACCCUGCGUACCUGCUGCUUCUCACCGGCGCCAGGGACGGCACGCUCAAGACAUGGAACUUUAACACUGGUGUGUGCUUGAGAAAAAUGGAAAUUGAACACAUGUGCGAGGUUACCAGCUGUUUUUGGGUAGAAGGAAGGAUUCUUGCGGUGGGGUGGAAUCGCCACGUGACGGAGUUCGAGGAGGGAGGGCUGUCGGCGCUGGGCAAGGCGUGGGAGACGCGGCACAGCGAUGACGUGCUGGCGGCCGCCGUGCGCCCUCCACUCUCGCUCGCUACCGCCUCCUACGCCUCGGAGCUGCUGCUCUGGAAGCUAGAAACCGGUCAGGCCUACAGACGCUUCUCGUGUACGGAGCCGACGCUGCGUAUCAAGAUGCAGUACAGCAGGCGCGCCGCGUCGCCGCAGCGCGCCGCCGCCUCACCGUCACAACCGCGUCGCGCAACAUCUGUUUUCCGACCCAGCCUGAGCACGAGGGGUCGAGGCCGGCGCGUGUCAAGCGUAUCGCUGCCAGCGCAGGUGCAGAGCAUGCGCCAGCUUGCCGUUCACGCCAUGAUAUUCCUUGAGACGCGUCCCUUCAGCAUGCAUGUCGCAUCGCUCAUGCUUGCUCUGGAAAACGGACAGGUGCAAUGCUGGUCGGACCACCCGGCUGGUGGGUACAAGGGUUCGUUCCAAGGCAUCCACACAGCCGGGGACUAUGUGUCUGCCUUUGCCACGGAUGUCAAUAACGAUUAUCUAUUCACUGGCACCACCGUGGGCUACGUUAAAGUCUGGCUCAUGACCAACUAUCUCACUGAAGAGAAGGUGCACGUCAGCAUGCCUCGGCUGCGGCUGCGGUUCCCGUUCCUGUGGCGCGACCGCGUGGAGGGGCGCGCCAAGCGCAGCGUGCGCGACCAGCCGCUGCCGCUAUUGCUCAACAGCUACCGCGCGCACCUGCGCUGCGUCACCUCCCUCGCGUACCUCGACCACCACGCGCUGCUGUUCACUGGCAGCUCGGACUACAGCGUGCGCGUGUGGCGGCUGUCAGGCGAAUACCUGCAGACGCUGGGCAGCUUCGUACCCUGGACCCUGGAAUCCACACGGUUCCCGCCUGACGUAAAGAAAGUCGCCAGCUCUACUACUUUCAAGGUGUGGCGCGGGGGCUAUGUGUCCCGCUACGUGCCAGGGCGAGUGGUGGCGGAUGUGUCGGACGUGGACGCUGACGAGUUGCGCACACGCACGUGGGGCGCGGCGCCCCGCGGCCCGCUGCUGGGCCGCCACACCGCGCUGCCUCCGCGCCCCGCGCCGCAGCCGCCGCCGCACCUGGACCGCUCGCUGCCCACCAUCCCGCUGUACACGCACAUGCGUGUGAGCGGCACGCAGGCGGUGCGGCGGCCGCCCACGCCCGAGCUGGUGCGCGCCACACGGCUGCGGCGCGGCGCACCGCCGCAGCGCCGCACGAGGUUCGGCGCGCUGCUGUAG